AUGGCUGAUUCACCAGGCUCACCUCUUUCUUCGCUUGCGUCAGAAGAGUUUGCCGAAGACCUUCAAUUCGAAGAUCGAGCCCAAUCUCCUUCAUCUGCCCAAGUACCACCUUCAAAACGACGCAAGAUUGGCCUUGCUACUUGGGACCAUCACACCCCCAUAUCCUCUGCCCAUGACGAAAUUCCUCCUACGUCUCCUGCGUCGAUAUCAUCCGACAGUUCGGCUGAACUGCCUCAGUCCCCUGAAAUAUUAUCACUGAUCGGUGGCGGUAUGGAUGAAGAUUAUAGCGGUGUAUGCCGAGACCAAGUUACGGUUUGUCAGUGGGAUGGCUGUGAUGCGAAUGACUUGGGUCACAUGGACGCCUUGGUAGAGCACAUACACAAGAAUCAUAUCAUUUCUAGACAGAAAAAGUACUUUUGCGAAUGGAAAGAUUGUCCACGGAAGGGCCAAACACAUGCUAGCGGGUAUGCAUUGAGAGCCCACAUGAGAAGCCACACCAAGGAGAAACCAUUCUACUGCACCUUGCCGGAAUGUGAUCGAAGCUUCACACGAUCAGAUGCUCUUUCGAAGCAUAUGAGAACCGUUCAUGAGACCGAAGCAUUGAAGUUGUCUGACACACUCGCAAAACACACCCAAGUUGGACCAGCGGGACCCACUUUGAUAAAGCUACCUCGAAUCAAGCUAAAAUUAUCGCAAUCAUCCAGAGACGGCUGUUAUGAAACGGACAAGAACGGCGGAGAAGACGUUUACCAGAAAGAACCAGUCCCUUCUGCACUUUUGGACUCUGGGCUCGGCUUCGAUGCGCACGAGCUUUCUUUGCCUUUAAGCCAAUUGUACCGAGUACUCCGUCGGCAGAUUUUCUGGGCUGAACAGGAAUCCAAACGUCUACAACUGGAGUGGCAAAGGAUCAAAAUUCAGAGGAAAGAAACCUGGAGAGAAAAGGAGACCAUCUUGGAGGAUGUCAUUCAUGCUGAAGUGAAGCUUUUUAAGUCGGCCUUGACUGCCGAGGACUUAGCCCUCGCACGAGGUGUCAGUGAUUUCCCGCCGGCAGCACCAUAACAGUGC